CAAGACGACUUUACUGCGACCCCCCCACUGAAGCCAUCUAUCUCGAGAAAUACUUACUCCAGUAUUUAACUACAGUACAAGCUUUGCCAAGCUCGCUUCCCGUCUGGCCACUCCACACUUUGGUUUAGGAAUCGCAAAUCAGCGUGGCGAUCGAGUCGAAUCGAUCCACGACUAACUUACCAACCAACAGACCAACCGAACCAGCUCUCUAGCUCUCUCUCUCUCUGUUCAACUCUACUUUAUCAACUACUCUAACGUUUGGCUCAUUGGGUUUCUCGAGGGUCAUACUAGGACAAUAACAAUGACAAUGACAUUCUGCGCACAAACUUCGAGUCACUGGGACGAGCUCCCCCAUGAGAUCCUCCUUCAGAUCUUGUGCUACCUUGAGCCUCAUCAAUUACCCAAACUUCAACUUGUUUCACGAAAUUUUAGAGAAGUCGUCCUUGACGAUGAAUUGUGGAAACAUCACUGUUUUGAGCGCUCAUCAUGGUAUGCCUUUCUUCGAAAUCGCAGAAAGGUCUUUGCAUCUCUACCCGAGUCAUCUUUAAGUAAUGCCACAGAAGCUGAAGACGAAAAUGGUUCUCUACUGGCCCAAGAUGAUUCAUGUCGAUUUGACAAACGCCAUUAUCAAUUCCUCCAAGACAUGGCAAACUGGGACCCGGCUUUUCCUGACGAGCAUGUCUCGUGGUAUAACGAAUACAUCCAGCGUCAGGGACCGUCGGCUAUCAACUGGCUUGAGAUGCCACGCCUGAAACAAGGCACUAUGGAGCAUUUCAUCGAGGUCAGAGGUAUGGCCCUAUUCAGCCCUAACAAAGGCGAUGAUGGCAUUGGCAGUUUGAUGGCUGUCUCACCUCUCGAUGACGGGUCUGUAUGCCUUUGGGACGUCAAUGGCACAAGGGGCAAACGAGGGGGCAUUGUCGCGACCAGUAAACCAGACAUCCUAUUCUUCGACGGCCGCGGAGAUCAGAACACGAGGCGGUCCAAAAAGAUCGACACGGGUGUCACUGAAUGCGUCAGUGUUAACAACAGCAACAACAGGGCUGUCUUUGCUGUGCAGAGUCAUCUCAUUGAAGUCGAUCUCAGCCGCCUUGAAGUUGUAAACCGGCACUCUUUCGAGUGGUCAAUCACAACGUUAUCCCAGAUCCAGGAUGGUAUCCCAAUGACUGUCGGCACCUCAUUGGGUAUUCAUCUUCAAGACUUCAGGGCGCCAUCACAAUUCCAUGGAGAUGUCGUGGAGAGGCUAGAUAUCCCCGGGGAGGAGGAAAAUCCUUUCAAGGGAAUCUUUGAUCCGAAUCCAUUGCCGCCGUACGCCUCAUUGUCUCAGCCAACGCCAACGAGCAUCCUACACCUACCAAGACCAGCCGGCGAUAGUGCAGUGUCGGACGACAUUUACGUGGCGGGCAGGUUCUCCAAUAUUCUUCAUUACGAUAGGCGCCACUUCCCAAAGAUCGUGGGGUCCAUUUACUCGGGCUCAAGGCUGUCCAGUCUGGCGGCACUGCCUUAUCCAUUCUCCACGUUGGACCAUGAAGUAAGACGUCGUGGAGAACUCACAGCUGAGAGGGUCCAUGAGUGCAAGACAGCCGGUAGCGGCAGAACUCUAAUCGCAGGCGGAGAGUACAAGACGAAGGGCUCGCUCGAGGUAUAUGGCCUGGACGCUGUCGACCUGUCAAGUGACGGGCCAAUGCAGCAGAACUCAACUAUGAAGAACCGAUAUACUGCAGCUUCAUCCAUCAUUCUGUCGGUGAUCAACCACGGAACGAAGGUUGCAUUCUCAGAUGGGGCCGGGCAGAUUAAGUGGUUUGAAAGGGACGGAUAUACCGAGUGCCGUCGGAUCAAGGUUGGUCACAGUGACGCGCCCACUCAAGCAUCACUCUUCGAUUCCAUGCCAGGGUCCGACGAUCUCGCAAGGAAGAUCUUAUCCACCAGGACAAGGCAAGAUCGUGACCGGCCAAACGAAGACAAUGUCAUCUUCUGGACAGGAGAUAAGCUUGGUAUGGUUAGUUUCACGGGAGACACCUUGUUCACGCCCGACGAUUUCCAGGAGAAGAACAAGCAGGUCGCGGCAGAUGAGCGUCAGCGCCAGCAAUAUUCUCAGAGGAUGCGGGAAGCACUGGAGAAGCAGGCCGAUGAUGCUAGGUUUGUUCAAGGACUUGGGUUAUAAUAAAAAAGAGGGCGAUUGGAUCUCAGAGGGCGAUAAUGGGGAGGCUUUCGGCGACAUUGCGAAAUAUGGAGAGGAUCUGUCGAGCUACGAAUUUAGGAUGAAAAGGAGGCUCUAACAAAAGAAAUUAGUAAUCCCGGUAGAUAGAAAAAUAACUCAAUCUUUUGACUAUGAG